AUGGGAGACAAGUCGCGAUCACAGACUCAGUCGCCCAUAUCUAGAGAGUCCAUAUAUCGCAACAACCAUAGUGUGGAUGCUACAACGCUUAAUGUGACCGGGGCACAUGUUGACGAUGGUAAUGCCAAAGCCCAUACCAAAGACGAGGUUCCCGAGACAAAAGACAUAGCUCUACCAUAUCACAACGAGCCCGUGAAUCACGUUUCUUUAGAUAUUGGUGGUUCUUUGUCUAAAUUCGUAUAUUUCACAAAAGACGGGGCAAAUGGCGGAGGUAGACUCAACUUCUACAAGGUGGACUCGUCUAGGAUAGACGAGCUGAUAGGCUUUAUCAAGAGUGUUCUUGUGAAACAUUACGACUACGACCCGGACUUGGUCCCAGAAGGAGCCGAAUCGGAUAAAGUUGUGAUUGUGGCCACCGGGGGUGGUGCUUUCAAAUUCAAUCAACAAUUGCGGAUGAGACUUAAGUGUCGUAUACAGAAAGAAGACGAGCUGCAUUGUCUCAUAGUGGGGCUUGACUUUUUCAUCACAGAGAUUCCCAACGAGAUUUUUGUGUAUGACUCCAGCGAUCCCGAGGUAUUUCUCAAUGAGAAUUUGGAUCCAGAUGCCGAUAAGGAGUCCAUAUAUCCGUAUCUUCUGGUGAAUAUAGGCAGUGGCUGCUCCAUGAUAAAGGUCACGGGGCCAGGUCCAGAGAACUUUGUACGUGUUGGAGGUUCAUCACUGGGUGGAGGCACUCUGUGGGGAUUGCUGUCGCUUUUGACAUCUGCGAAUGACUUUGACGAGAUGUUGAGCAUGGCCGAGAAAGGAGAUAACGAGACGGUGGAUCUGCUGGUUGGUGAUAUUUAUGGAAUGGGCUCUCACAACAAGAUAGGGCUAAAGGAUAAUCAUAUUGCAUCUUCCUUUGGAAAGGUGUUCAAAAAGGUGUUCAACGAGGAAGACCCAGCAAUAGAAUCUCAGCAACAUCAACAGCACAACAAUGCAGACGCAAGACUCGCGAGAAUAGCCCAGUUCAGAGAGGAAGACAUCUCAAGAUCACUUCUUUACGCCGUCUCCAACAACAUAGGCCAGAUCUCAUACCUCCAGGCACAGAGAUACAACCUGAAGAAGAUCUACUUUGCAGGCUCCUAUAUCAGCGGACACGCCCAGACGAUACACACGUUGAGUUAUGCAAUCAACUUCUGGUCGAACGGCACCAAACGAGCGUAUUUCCUGAAACAUGAAGGAUAUCUUGGAAGCAUGGGUGCCUUUCUACAGAAGAAGUUCCACAAUGGAGAAACCGAGUGA